AUGGGGUGUGGAUCUGGUUUUGUGAAAUAUGUGCUGUUCUUCUUCAAUCUGGUGGUUGCGCUCUUCGGGUUAGCAGUCAUCGGCAUCGGAGUAGCAGUUCUACUGAACUGGUCCGUCAUCAGAGAGGAGCUGAAUGGUCACCUAUCAGUGGCGCCAUGGCUGUUCAUAGUUAUUGGGGCUGUGAUGUUCGUGAUAGCGUUCUUCGGAUGCUGUGGUGCGAUUCGGGAGAGCCAUUGCAUGGUUGUUACUUACGCGAUCUUCCUCCUCGUGAUCAUCAUCGUCCAAGUAAUUCUCGCCGUGCUGUUGUUCACUAACGGGGACACAAUCAAAGAUGGGCUCGUCAAAACAAUGAACACGCUUUACAACAAGGGCACCACUGACGCUGCAUCCAGGACUGUAUUUAACAACUUGGAACAACAGUUGCAAUGCUGCGGCAAGAACGGCCCAUCGGACUAUGGUCUUCUGGAACUGCCCAUGUCGUGUUGCUCGCACGUUGGCACAUUAGGGAAGGUGCUCGGAAACAGCUGCACGCUUGUGGAUGCCAACACUGAAGGCUGCUCCGCCCGCGUCGCUGACCUCUUUGAGAAAUGGAGCAAACCUAUCGCUGGGGUCUCCAUUGGGAUAGCUUGUGUUGAGGUUGUCGGGGCCCUGUUCUCGCUGUGCCUCGCUAACUCAAUCAGGAACAUGGACAGAAGGUCUCGCUACUAA